AAAGCUUGGGUAUGCUACUGUUGCAUACUUGCACUACAUUAGCUGCCAUUGCAACCAAGAAUGUAUAAUCUGAAACUGUAAUCUUGUGGCCAGUGAACAACUCGUGCACUAUAAUGGGCAGGCAACAAUGUGCAGAGAUAAGCAGGAACAAUCUGAAAAGGGCCCUUCGAUGAUGAUGAUGAGGCAUAUUCUCCGCUGCAAGAGUUUCUCUCCCUCUUCACCGCUUCUCCAACAAGUCUGUGAAUUUUCAUCAUCUUCUCCUCCUCCUCAGCCACAGCCUAAGCCUCAGCCUCAGAGCCGCUGUGACGACCAUUUUUAUUUUUUUGGAAUCCAUGUGAUCUUGGAAAAACUUUCUAACUAUGGAAUCCACCUUCCUCCCAAUGCUUUGGAGAAGAAAUAUGAUACUGAAGAAGAAGAAGAUGAUCACAUCCAAAAUGAGAUGAUGAAAUUUGAUACUAUUAUUAAAGAAGACAGCCUCAACUACUUUGACUGCAUCCAAUACGCCUACCCAUACCACUACGACAACAACUCUGAGAAGAAAUAUGUUACUGAAGAUGGAGAAGAAGAAGAAGAUCACAUCCGAAAUGAGAAGAUGAAAUUUGAUACUAUUAUUGAAGAUGACACACUCUACUACGAGGACGACACCCACUAUGAAGAAGAAGAAAUCUCUGGAGGACAUGUCUGUGGAGAAACUGAACAAACUCCAUGAUGUCUAAGUUUUAUGCUUUGAUCAAAACUUGAUGUUUUAAUUUUAUGCUUUCUCAGUUUUAUGGUGUUUGGAUUUAGUACAUUAUGACCUAUGAAUUAUGAGUUAUGUUUUAUGACACUUUAGAAAUUUGCUUUUCUCUCAUUGAUUGAUGCCUCUUGGUAGAGGGUGAAAUGAAAAACCACUUUUAUGCUAUA